UGAACUAAUAUUUGGUGCGCUCGUAUAAAUAGCUGACACUGGAUUCGCAUUGGUAUAGUCAAUGUAAAAUGGGCUCGAGCACUGCAACUUGGAUUCUACUGGGCCUGAUCGCCGGCAUCGCCUCUAUGUCUAGCGCUGCCAAUAUUCCCCAAACCGAAGACCAGACGAUUAUACGGAACAAUGGAAACACCUUCCUAUCAAACGGAGCUGGCCAGAUCAUCCGAGGACCCGAUGGCAGGACAGUCCUAAUAGGAUCUGAUGGGCGCAGGAUCAUUGCGGACGCUGAUUCGAGUGAAGAGGACAUCUCCCAGGAUUAUGGUCAUGGUGGAAAUAACAAUGUUAUCAUCAAUGGUCAGUCGGGCUCAAGCAUAAUUCAGAGCAAUGGGCAUAGCUUCAUCUAUGGAGACGAGAGCCAAGGAAGUUAUAUCAACAACAAUGGACGCACUGUUCGGAUUAUAAAUGGAGCUAUUGAACUGAAUGAGCACGGACAGAUUUACACAUUCCAGCCAAAAGCACCAGGUGUGAACCAAAAGGAAACGGUGGAUAUUAACGGACAGCCGGCUCAGGUGGAGUACUCCAAUGGAGAUAUAGUCAUCGAACUGGCCGAUCAUACGGUGAUUGCCAAGACAGGUGGACGUACCUUUAUGGGUGACCGCUACUCGUUCGAUAAUCGCGAUAAAUUGGAGGCAGAAGCCAGGCAGUAUGCCGAGCACAUCCAGAAUGAGGUCCAAGCCAGUCUCAAAAAAACCAUGGAUGAUAUCCGUGCAAAUCUUCAAGAGUCCCUGGGCAACAUGUUUGUCUAAGGUCAAGUAAUUGUAGAUGAGUCGCUCGAAAUAAAGCGCAUUAGCAGCAUU